AUGGUUAUUCGAUUUUUCCUGUUUGUUAUUACACUGUUAGGCUUAUGUAUAAAUAUGGUGUGUUGCAAUUACAAAUAUUCAGUUAUAUUACCUACUUACAAUGAAAAAGAAAACUUACCAUAUUUAAUUUAUAUGAUAAUUGAUGAAUUAAAUAAACAUGAAAUUAAAUUUGAAAUAAUUGUAAUAGAUGAUAAUAGUCAAGACGGUACUGCAGAUGUAUACAAAAAAUUACAAGAAAUUUUUAAGGAUGAAGAAUUAUUACUAAUACAAAGAAAAGGAAAAUUAGGGUUAGGGUCUGCAUAUAUGGAAGGUUUAAAAAAAGUAACAGGUGAUUUUGUUAUAAUAAUGGAUGCUGAUUUAUCACAUCAUCCUAAAUAUAUUUAUAACUUUAUUAAAAAACAAAAAGAAAAUAAUUGUGAUAUAGUUACAGGUACAAGAUAUAAUAAGCAAGGUGGAAUAUCAGGAUGGUCAUUUAAUAGAAUUAUAAUAAGUAGAGUAGCAAAUUUUUUAGCUCAGUUCUUAUUAUUUAUUAAUCUAUCAGAUUUAACCGGGUCUUUUAGAUUAUAUAAAACGAAUGUAUUGAAGGAACUUAUGCAAUCUAUUAAUAAUACAGGUUAUGUUUUUCAAAUGGAAGUUAUUGUAAGAGCAUAUAAAAUGGAAAAAUCUAUAGAAGAAGUUGGUUAUGUUUUUGUUGAUAGAUUAUUUGGAAAAUCAAAACUUGAAGCUACAGAUAUUUUACAAUACUUAUCAGGUCUAUUGAAGUUAUUCUGGUCAAUAUAA